GGAAGGUGCAGUCAGCAGUGGUGAAUGCUGCUCGAUUGGCGCAGGCUCACAGUCUGUUUGACGUCAGUGUGGAGUUGGGGCUGGCGCACUCUGUCUCUCCCUCCAUUGUGAGCAGAUCAACGAUGCGAUCGGCCUGAAUCUCUGCUGCUACUGCUGCCGCUGCCGCCGCCCAGUCCAACAGCCGGCCAGAGCCCCCUUGUCCCUCCCCCCUCUCUCUCUCUCUCUCUCUCACUCCCCUCCCUGGUGAGACCUGCAACAACAACCGUCAAAUCCUCCCUCCAUCCCUUCCACAGUGUCACACUCACUCUUCUCCUGCUGCCCACCCAGACGGUGAAGGUAAAAGAAAACCAGCCCGCCGGUCCCCCCUCCGCCUCCCAGUCCAACUCCACACCCACGGGCUUUGGAUGUGCGAUUAAAAAUCCCCGGCGUCUCCAACCGAGGGUUCAGUCCCAGAGAGCGAGCGAGUGAGUUGAGUUGACAAGGCCAGAGCUUGAGCUACUUUCCAGCACCAACCAUGGGAUGUACAAUGAGCGCCGAGGAGAGGGCAGCCAUGGAGCGGAGCAAAGCCAUCGAGAAAACCAUCAAGGAGGAUGGCAUUAGCGCCGCCAAGGAUGUCAAGCUGCUGCUUCUCGGGGCGGGAGAAUCGGGGAAAAGCACCAUCGUAAAGCAAAUGAAGAUUAUUCAUGAGGAUGGAUUUUCUGGUGAUGAUGUGAAGCAGUACAAGCCUGUGGUGUACAGCAACACCAUUCAGUCCCUGGCAGCCAUUGUCCGUGCUAUGGAUACCUUGGGCAUUGAGUAUGGCGACAAGGAGCGGAAGGCUGAUGCUAAAAUGGUGUGUGAUGUAGUGAGUCGAAUGGAGGAUACGGAACCAUUCUCUCCAGAGCUGCUGUCUGCCAUGAAGCGACUUUGGACAGAUUCAGGGAUGGUGGAAUGCUUCAGCCGUUCCCGUGAAUAUCAGCUUAACGACUCUGCACAAUAUUAUCUAGACAGCUUAGAUCGGAUUGGAAGCAAUGACUACCAGCCAACAGAGCAGGAUAUCCUCCGAACCAGAGUGAAGACCACUGGCAUUGUAGAAACUCACUUUACGUUCAAAAACCUCCACUUCAGGCUGUUUGAUGUGGGAGGUCAGAGGUCAGAGAGAAAGAAAUGGAUCCACUGCUUCGAAGAUGUGACAGCAAUUAUUUUCUGUGUGGCACUGAGUGGCUAUGACCAGGUGCUCCAUGAGGAUGAGACCACGAAUCGCAUGCAUGAGUCGCUGAAGUUAUUCGACAGUAUCUGUAACAACAAAUGGUUUACACAUACUUCCGUCAUCCUAUUUCUCAACAAGAAGGACAUAUUUGAGGAAAAAAUUAAGAAAUCUCCACUAACGAUCUGCUUUCCCGAGUACACAGGCCCCAGCAUGUUUGCUGAAGCUGUUUCUUACAUUCAGUCCCAGUACGAGAGCAAGAACAAGUCAGCAAGCAAGGAGAUCUACACACACAUUACCUGUGCCACUGAUACCAAUAACAUCCAGUUUGUUUUUGAUGCAGUAACUGAUGUGAUUAUUGCAAAUAACCUGAGAGGGUGCGGACUGUACUAGAGUCCGUCAGGCACUGUACAGGUGGCAUUUUUGGAGACAAUUCUGCCACUGAUUUUACUUCACACUACAAACAAAACAGCCAAUUUUGCAGCUACUGCUGUUCGGGCUUUGAGCAGAAUUGGACAGAUUUCGUAUUCCCUUGCAAACACACAUGGGCCAGGCAGACACUCACCCCAACAUGCACUGUGUCUUUGGGGACACAGUUAUAGUGCCACUUCUGCAUUGAUUUUUUUUUUAAAUGUACCUCAGUGUGUAAGUGGUACUAUAACUCCAGACUUAUUGACAUCAGGACAACCUGAUGGGAGGCCCACUCCAGGAGGUUGUCUCGGGUUGGUUGAAGUUUGCAUCAGGUUCUUACUGGUCCUGAUCCAUUAACCCGUAGACAGCUACUCACAUUGUCAGUCGUUCAUGCAUGCACACCGAGUCUAACACUCAGGAAAUGUAUACAUAUUGUAACUGCUUGUAUAUUUCUCUUUGCGAUCAGUACUGGGUAUCCUCACAUUCUCAUUCACUCCCUUCUGUCUUUAGUUCCUGAUGUUUUCAGUUUGACUAAAUUUAUUUACAGGUUCAUGGUGCGUGACAAGUUUCUCUAGAAGAAAUGUUAUAUUUCAGAGUCCAGAGCCUGUCAUACUCAGUUGCACUUCACUUUGAUGGAGAAACUGUUGUCUAUUAGGUGUCUCUUGAGUGGUUGGUAAAAUUAGUGAAGAGAUUUGGAAAGAGAUUUCUUAAGGAGUUUCAGCCAUGGCUGGCAUCGCAGAGCAUGGACUGUGCUGUCUAUCAGUGACUGAACUUGUGUUUCCCAGUCACCUUGAGGGGCUCCAUCAGGUCCAGUCUGUGUAGGACCCUAACUCAUGCUGCCUGGUCCAUGUAAGAUCCCUGUGAUGCCAGUAUGCAGAAUGAAAUGGCACCUGGUAUUUAUAGGCAGAGUCAGCCUGUAUCGAGACUGUAGGUGAAUGUUGGAACCUGGUAUCUACUGAUGUUUGCUGUACACAACACAGUUGAUCAACUAGUUGUGUUGAGGCCCAUUUCAAAAACUUAAAUAAUUUGCAACACUGUGGCUCUUCUUACUUAGAUAAUUUGCUGUACUGUGGCCAUUCUGGUUCUGCAUGUAAAGAUGCAGGCUUUACAUGCCAGUCAAUCGAAGUGGAAUCAAAAUAUGAAAUGAUAGUCCUUUCAAAUACUUUGUUAUUCUAACUUAUUGAAAGCCAAGUUUGUGUGUGUGCACACAGGGGAGAUCCACAAAUAUUAAAAAUAUUUAUUAUAAGUCAAAUUAUAUACUAAAACCUACAAUAAAUAUUAAAAGCUGAAAUAAUAUUACAGUUGAAUAUCAUGGCAUUAAAUAUAAUAAAUGUAAUGUCUGCCCAUUACAAAUAAUUGACCUUCAACAGGAAGUUGAUCAUUAUCAUUGAGUUUGGGAGCCUUACUGUUUUGUUGAGUUUUAACACAAAUUUCCUCCCUUUCACACUCAGGGCAAGAUUUCAGUAUUUCUGGCAAUGCUGCAUAUGCUGUACACUGCUUUUGACUGCAUGCAUGCCCAGACUAGGCUACUUGCUGUCUGGGAACGGAAAGACUCAGAAGUGGCUUUCUUCAAUGUUUUAGAGAAGCUUGGGAUUUGACCCAGUCCCUGUGAGAAUUAACAGGGUCCCACACCAAAGUUUAGGCCAGAGAGCUCUGAGUAAGGAAGAGACAAAUUGUGUUUUAUAUUCAAGUUUACACACAGAUGUUCUGUUUAUUUUAAGAUGUUUCUUUUGCCUGCUAUAUAAUUCCACCUGGGUGUUUUUGUUAACUGGAGAGGGGAUACACAGUAGGUAACUGGAGCUUUGAGGCCACAGGAGCAGAACUAGGCCAUUCGACUCAUCAAGUCUGCUCUGUCAUUCUUUGAAAUCAUGGCCAAUAACAAUCCUCAACUCCAUGGCCCUGUCAUUACCCCAUAACCCUAGAUUCCCCAAAUGAUUAAAACUCUAUCCCUGCCUUGAACAUACUUAUGACCCAGCCUCAACAACCCUGUUUGUUAAAUUAUUCCAUAGAUUCAUGACCCUCAGCACAAAUUGCUCCUAAUUUCUGUCUUAAAGGGGUGACACCUUGCUCAGAGAUUAUACUGUCUGGCCCUAGAUCCUACCACGUAUGGAAACACCAUAUGAGCAUCUACACUGACAAGACCCUAAAAAUCUUGUGUGUUUCAAUAAGGUCUCCUCUCAUUCUUCUGAACUCCAACGAGUACAGACCCAAUCUUCUCAACCUCCCCACAUAAGAAAAUCCCUCCAUACUCAGAAAAAACUGAGUGAAACUAUUCAAGAAAGGAGAGAGGCAGAAAGCAAAUAACUACAGGGUGAUUAGCCUAACAUCUGUUGAAGGGGAAGUAUUGAAAGCAGUUACUAAAGAUGUAAAAGCAGAAUGUUUGGAAAUUUAUAACAUAAUUAAUCGGUGUUGGCAUGGUUUCAUGAAAUGGAAAUCAUGUCUAACUAAAUUAGUAGAAUUUUUUAGGAAAGUCUCAACCAGAGUGGAUAUAGGGGAACUAAUAGAUGUGUUAUAUUUGGACUUCCAGAAGGUGUUCAACGAGGUACCUCGCAAAAGGUUAAAUCACAUGAUAAGAACCUGGGAUGUUAGAGGUAGUUUAUUAGCAAGGAUAGAGAAUUGAGCUGUAAACAGCAAGUAGGGACAAGAGGUUUUUUUUUAGGUUGGCAACCAUUACCAUUGGGUUCCACAGGGAUCAGUGCUGGGACCGGAACUAUUUCAAUGUACAUUAAUGACUUGGAGGAAAGAAAUGAAUGCACUGUAGCCAAAUUUGCACAAGACACAAAAGUAGCUGGAAAGGCAAGUUGUGAGAGGGAAGAAACAAUUUAUAGAGAGAUAUGGAUCGGUUGACUAAGUGGGUAAAAAGUUAGUAAAUGGAGUACAGUCUGGGGAGAUGUGAAGUUGUUCAUUUUGGAAGGGAGAAGAAAGAGCAGAAUUUUAUUUAAAUGGAUAAAAACUACAGAAAGCUACAACACAAAGGGACUUGACGGUAUCUGUACAUGAAACAUGGCUAACAUACAGGUGCAGUAGGCAAUCUCCAAGACUAAUGAAAUGAUGGCCUUUAUUUCAAGGAUUUGGAAUAUAAGAGUAGACACAUCUUAAUGCAACUAUAUAAGGUGUUCUUGAGACCAUACCUGGAGUACUGUGAGCAGUUGGUCCCUUUAUUUUGGGAAAGAUGUCAUUUAAUUGAAGGCAGUUCAGAGAAGGUUCACUAGGAUGAUUCCUGUUAUGGAUGGAUUCUCUUGUGAGCAAAGGCUAAACAGGUUGGAUCUCUAUUCACUGGGGUUUAACAGGAUGAAAUAUGAUCUAAUUGAAACAGUAUUUACCCAGUCAAGCCCCUUAAGAAUCCUGAGAGGAUGUUUCCCCUCAUGGUAGAUUCUAGGACCAGAGGGCAUAGUCUCAGAAUAAAGGGGAGCUAUUUUAUUCGAAGGGUUGAGAGUCUUUGGAGUUCUUUGUCAUAGAGAGCUGAAGGGGCUGAGACCUUCAUACAUUUAAGGCCGAUAUUGAUAGAUUUUGAUCAGUAUAUGAAUUAAGGGUUACGGGGAAAUCGUACAAAAGUGGAUGUGAGAAAUGUUGGAUCAACCAUGAUCCUAUGGAAUAGCAAAGCAGGCUCAAGAGACCAAAAAGCCUACUGCUGCACCUGUUUCUUAUAGCCUUAGGGUUUAUCCUUCUCUGGACUGCUUCCAAUAUCUUUCCUUAAAUAAGGGGACCAAAACCAUUCGGUAUUCAAGCUAUGGUCUGACCAGUGCCUUGUAUAGCUUAAGUAAGACCUCCCUACAUUUUACCUCCUUUCCCUUUGAAAUAAAGACCAACAGUCCAUUCGCCUUUUCAAUUACCUGCUGAACUUGGAUGCUAGCAUUUUUGUGAUUCAUGCGCAAAUCUCUUUGUUUCAUAGCAUUCUGUAAUCUUUCCCCAUUUAAAUAAUGUUCACUUCCUCUUUUCUUCCUAUCAAAAUGCACAACCUCAAAUCUUCCUAAAUUAUAUUCCAUCUGUCAACUUUUUGCCCAAUCUCCUAAACAACCCAAAUCCCUUUCCAGAUCCUCUGUGCCAUCCUCACCAGCUCCCUGCCAAACUAUUUUUGUCAUCUGUAAAAAGGAAAGCUAUGGUAAGCUGGUGUUCCUUAACUAUACUUCAUUGAAGGACAGACUAAUGAGUAAUAUAGAAUCUGAUCUCAAUGAUCCUGAAGAUAUGUGUAGUUCACUGCCUCUGACAAUGUAUGUGGGAUUGAACCAAUCACUGUAAUAAAUGCAACAACGCAGCACAUAACCUCAGAGUAGAAUUUGAGAAUGAACAACCAAGCUUGGCCUCUGAGAGUUUCACUUCUUGGAUUGACUUCAGCUGUGUUUGAUAACGAAUGCAACAAAUGCUCUCUGAUGAAGGGUCUAGGCCCGAAACGUCAGCUUUUGUGCUCCUGAGAUGCUGCUGGGCCUGCUGUGUUCAUCCAGCCUCACAUUUUAUUAUCUACAAUAAAUACAUCAGCCUGACCAGGAUGAGGCUAUGGAGGGAAACUUGAUACGUAGCAGAAUCCUGUAUGGGUAGCUGAAUGUGAAAACAUUUGACCUCAAAUUGUCUGACUUAAGGAAAGUGUAUCUGACAAUGACAAGUAUACAAGGUCUAUGACUUUGGAUAGAAUGGUUCAGAUAUCAAAGUAACACCAACCCACAGGGCUGCUUACUGCUAUUCAUUUACUAGUUUCACAUUUCUGUACAGGUCAAGGAAGGGACUCGUUCAUGGUAUCUGCCACUGUAGCCCGGAAGUCUUUGGUACUGUUCAUUUACUGGAAGCAGGACUGGUAGUUACAGAUUAGGAAUGAUUAUUAGUAUCAGGCCAUUUAAUAGCAGUGACAUUUGAAUACAAAAGGCAUUUGUAUUUGAUAACUGGACUUCCAUCCUACAUCCUGAGGUAAUGAUGUUGCUUCGGCGCAAAAGGAUAGGACUUGUUAUGGUGAUUACCACAACAAGCAACAGUGCAGCAGCUACCAUAACUAACCUCUCACCAAAGAAACAUGUUUAGUGUAUCCAGUAUGGGAUAUGUAUUGUGGAUGGGUUGUAAGAAUUUGUCGUUAGUUGAUGCCCAUUCAGUGUUAAAUAAUGGUUCAGUUAGUGGUGUUCAGUUGCCGCCUCAUUAUUAGUCCAAGUGGAGUCACUCUGGAGAGAUCUUAAAUUAUUUUUUUGAUGGUUGUUGCUGAUGAUAUAACGUAGUUCCACAGAGUAUUAGUGUCUGUCUUCAAGGUCAUCUGCCAGCUUCAAACCACCCGUACGGCUCUGCCAAAUGUGAAUGGUUGAAGGCUGAUUGUGUACUUUACCAUUGAGAAUCAAACACCCUGUGCCAUGCUGGUAUUCCUUUCAACGUAUUAACCACAAACUGAAUGACGCCGACGCAGUGCCAUAACACAAAUAGGAGUGGAGUGCUUCAGGUAAGUGAACCAUUUGGAACACUGGUAACCUUUGUCCAAGUGUAAUUGGACAAGAACUCCAAGUCUCUUACUCUUAAUGUAUGUGCCAACUUUCUGUGGCAGUCUCUUAGUCACCUCUGUGUCAGAUUUGGAACCAUAAUGUGAGCUUGUGUGGGUGAUUAGGCUAACCUAGUGCUUUAUUACAUGUGAAUGAGGUUGUACUUACAGUCAUUUUGUAACAAAGUGAGUCUGUUUAUAUGGUAGAUUGUUAUUAUUUAUUUCUGUUGUUAAUGUAUUUAUUCAUAAGAUAUCAAUAAAG